UUGGUAGUCAUGAUGUGAAAGCAGAGCUUCCCUCCACCUCAGCAUUACUAAGGAUGUUAUGGAGCGCUGCUUCAUCUGCUGUCUGAUCCCAGCCUCAGGCUCCGACUCAAGGGACAGCAAACAGGUCGCCGUGGUGUAUUUUAGGAACGGUUACAUGCCUGACAACUACACUUCUGAACAGAGCUGGGAUGCUCGUCUUCUGAUGGAGCGCUGUCGAGCUGUGAAGAGUCCAGAUAUCAGCGCUCACCUGGCUGGUACCAAGAAGGUUCAGCAAGUGCUCGCCAGACCUGGAGUCCUGGAGAGGUUCUUCCCGGACCAGCCUCAAGCUGUGCAGCAGAUCCGAGCGACAUUCGCUGACCUCUACUGAUGAUAAUACUUUUGAAAAUGGCAGUUUAAUUUAUUGGGCAAUUAUAAAAUCGUAUUUCUUAGGCUGGCUUUUAAGGAAGGAGAAAAGGUAUGUAUCAGUUGGCUGGGAAGAAAGAUGGAGGUGGAAAGGAUGUGCAAGCUAUGGGACAAAGUUGCUGAGACCAGGUUAAACAGAGGUGACGAUCAGUGAGCAGGAGUGUGGCUUCGUGCUGAAAAGAGCACAACAGAUUCUCUGGAGAGAAGGUGAAGGAAAGUCAGCUGAAGCAAGACAGUUUGUGGAGUUUGUGUUGGACUGUAUGUUAUGCUGGGAGCCUGGGGAUUAGUGGACUUUGAUU